ACGUUAAAAUUUAACGAAACUGAAGUUUUGAAUAAAUUUAUGGAAUUGAAUUGAUAUUAUUCUGAAAAUUUGCGAAAUGCUAAUAUCUGACGGUAUUAAUCAUGCAAAAUUACAAUCAAUUAUAGUUGGAGAAUUGAAAAAAGCAGGAUUAAAGCAUCGUCUCAAAAAGAUUAUUCUAAAGAAUGUGAAGGAUCAUAAGACAGUGUUCGGCGCUCCUCUCGGGAAGGUGCCAAUAUGUAGUGUGAUUUGCUGUGGGAGCACUCUGAGUGUUCCAAUGGUCGUCAGUGAAAUGUCUUCAGUACUGAGAGCUAAUGCACACGUAGAGGGGUUGUUUCGUAAAGCUGGCUCACAAGCGCGCCAAAAGGACAUCAAGCGGUUGCUGGAUGCUGGUGGAUGUGUUUCUGAAGGACACCAUCCAAUAGAUGUUGCGAGUGUGUUAAAACUGUACUUACGGUGUUUGCCGGAGCCAUUGAUAAGUGCAGAAGUGCAAGACCUCCUUUUACGGUGUAGGGUAACAGCUGGUGAAAAUGAAUUAAAAUCUAUACUUCAUACACUGUUACUUUUACCUGUGUUACAUGUUCAUCUUCUGCAUUACAUAAUGGAGUUGUUACACUUCAUUGCAUCAAAACACAAAGACAAUCUGAUGGAUUCUUCAAAUCUUGCAAUAGUAUUAGCCCCAAGUAUUAUGCCAUUGCCUGUUGCUUCCUCUGCACAGAGGUUGGAGCAUCAUGUGGCCCUUGUUAAGAUAUUCAUAGAAAAUGCAGAACAUAUUGGUCACCUUACAGAGGAGCUAAUGACCAAGUUGGAUGAUGAUUCUGAUGUGUGUUUGUCGAGACGAAAAAAGAGGAGAAGUGGCUCACUAAACAGGAUGCUCAGUGGUUUACGCAAAAUGGUCUCAGGCAAUGUUAAUACACCAGCAACAGUCCUGGAAAACCGCAAGACGCCAGUCCUUAGCAAAUCUGCCGCUAAAAGAAAAUUUGACUAUGAUGGACUUUCUACAAAAGCAAAGAAAGAAAUAAAACAAAGUCUUCCUCAAAAAGAGCUGUCUUUCACACCAAUGAAAAUUGGUUCCGUGACUGAGCGAAAAAGGCUGAGGUUAAGUAUGAUGGAUGUAAGAAGCACACCAAAUGUCAACUCAGAAUUAAUUUCAAACAAAAACUCAGAAACGAGCAUAAGCAGUGAAGACCUGUUGACGUCUACUGAAAAUCUGUUCAGCGCCCACGACACAAUAGACCUGUCGCCGGAGAUGAAGAGAGUGAACAAGGAUUACGUGAGGAUAUCCAAGCAGGAGUAUGAGGAGAUUAAGAGCAGAGUGUCGGCCAUAGAGAACAGACUAUCGCGAGAGUUCACCGACGUGGACAACCGGGUGCAGCCUCUGCAGCAGGUACAGAAUGUGUACGAGCAGACCCUAGAGGAGGUGGCGAUGCUCAACUGCCCCAGCUCCGAGCACCUGGCGCGCCGCCUCAGCAGGGAACUCCAGAUCAGACCGAAAGAGCAGGCCAAAAUCAUACGAUCGCCGUCCGCCAGAAAGAUCGGCACCAUCCGGCGAAGAUCCAAGGAGAACUUGACGAAAAUUGUGCGACACAAAUCCUGGAAUAUAUCUUCGCAUGCGCAGGGGAACAAUGACCGCUUCUACCCCUACGUCGGCCUGCAGCGACGGGAGCGAACGCGCACGGCCAAACCCGACUACGCGCGCAGACGGAGCCCCGGAAAUCAAUGGAACAACAGCUCCAUGUCUGAAAACUCUUCUAUGAAUGUUUCAGAUUCUAGUCAAAAAUACCAGUUAAGAAAGCGUAUCAGUUUGGCGUCAGAUUACAACUUGAAUAAUACGAUAAGCAGGCCCGCUCGCAGGUCAUUGAAUAUAACGUCGAACCACAGUUGGAACGAAAGUGAAUCGGAGAGUUCAAUGAACGCUUCCAAUUCCACGACGGAGGGAAGAAGCACGUCGCAGAACAAACAGCACCAGCCCAGCCAGAACGGUGCUGCAGGCUCGCAACAGAAGUGGAGAAACGCCGCCGCGUUCUUCAUGGAAAAAACUGGCGAGGUGGGAAACUGCGGACAGACCGGCCGACCGUCCGUCAACAAGCUGCGACAGAACGCCGGCUCCGUCCUCGCGAAGGCUAAGCUUUUCGAGUCGAGCUCCGACAAGUCUUCCGAUUACAAUAAGUCUGAUAGUUUAGGAUUCGCCAGGAAGCCGAGAGCUCAACACCAGAGUAAGUCGCCGAAGUUUCCAGCUCAUGCCAAACCAUCCGCGUACACGCACAGCGAAACGAAAUUGCAUCCGAUGUACCGGGACAGAACAGAACCAAGUAAAGUAGACAUCCAUGCGAGAAAUAGAAGGAACGUUUUUGACAACCAGCGGCCAAUUAAGAAGACGACGCCACCACCAAAGAAAGUGACUUCACCGCAAUACAAUCCGACAUUGAUGAGAACACCUCAAAUUCCAGCCUUGAAGAAGACAUUAUGUACCCCCAGGAAUUUGCGGACACCCAUGUCUAGUGAUAUGAAAAAAGUGGCGACCCCCAUGAGAGCGGUGCACAUCUCCCCUAGAAGACGAUCUCCACGGCACAAACAACUAAUGUAAUUGUACAACAGUUCCAUUUGCUGGCAUUUAGUACUUAUGUAUGAUAGGUUUUAAAUAAAAUAUUAGUAUUUUUACAA